CUGGCCCCUCCCCAGGACUCGGUCUACGUCUUCCGGGAGGGGGCCCUGCCGCCCUAUCGACAGAUGUUCUACCAGUUGUGUGACCUGAACGUGGAAGAGCUGCAGAGGAUCGUCCACCGCAACGACGGGGCUGAGAGCUGCUGCACGGAGCGCGACGGCUGGUGCCUCCCCAAGACCAGCGACGACCUGCGGGACACCAUGUCCCUCAUGAUCCGGCAGACCAUCCGCUCCAAGCGGCCUGCUCUCUUCUCCAGCCCGACCAAGGCCGACGGCGGGAAAGAGCAGCUGGCGUACGAGUCCGGGGACGAGGAGGACGAGGAGGAGGAGGACGAGGAGGAGGAGGAGGAGGAGGAGGACUUCAAGCCGUCCGACGGCAGCGAGAACGAGAUGGAGACCGAGAUCCUGGACUACGUGUGACGUGGCCCCGCGGCCACGUGGCACCUCCUUGGUCAGGACGAGCCGUGGCUCCCCGGUGCUGCCCACGGCAACCAGAGCGGCUGAGGAGACCCCUCAGAGGAGAGCUGGGACCCCAGCACUGGGCGCAGGUGGCCCCGGCGCUGCCCGGCUGCUCUCUGGCCCAG